AUAUCAAUUUAUACUAUUGUGGUAUUAUUAUUUAUAACACAAUUCUUAAAAUAUAAGAUGGAAAACGCGAUCACAGGAUGGAAGCGUUAUAUGCUUGUACAACCAUCUAUGAUGAUACUAAUAACUGCUCAAGCAAUAUCAAGUAAUAUUCUAACAGAUUUAGUAGUAUAUCGUACUUGUAGUAUAGCAUUAAAUAUAAAUAAAACAGAAUGUUUACUAUUACAUGAAAAUAGUAGUUCUGCGGAAGCUUUGAAGAUAGAUGCUCAAGUGCAACCCAAAGCCAGCUUAAUUUUAAUGACAAAAUCAAUUAUUGAAAGUGUCAUACCUGCUUUUUUAUCUUUGUUUUUGGGACCAUGGAGUGACAUUUAUGGAAGGAAGUCUAUCAUGUUGCUUGGCUAUGUCGGCACAUCAUUAAUGUACCUUCUUCUUUCCUUCAUAAGUAUUUGGGAUGUCAAUCCAUGGUUUUUAUUAAUUGCAUAUAUUCCAUAUGCAUGUUGUGGAGGAUUUGGCAUAAUUUUAUUAGGUACUAUAUGUUAUCUCACUGAUAUAUCAAAUGAACAAGAAAGAGGCUGGCAAUUAGCUUGGAUGGAAGCUUUGAUAUCUGUUGGUAUUUUGACUGGUAUAUUGACAGGUCCUGUUAUCUUUCGAGCAUAUGGAUAUACAGUUGUAUUUGCUAUUGCUACUAUAUGUUGCAUUGUAGCAGGAUUGCAUAUUUUUUUUUUAGUUCCUCAGACUAUAUGCAGCACAAAUUCAAUAACUGUAAAAAGUUUGUUCGAUAUACAUUUGGUCAGGAAACUUAUAAGUACAUGUACAAAAAAACGCAAUGGUUUUGAUCGAUAUAUAGUUUGGUGUUGUAUAGCUUGCAUUAUUUUAAUGGUUAUUGCUUUACAAGGAGAUAUGACCAUUGGCUUUUUAUUUGCAACUGCCAGACUUGGUUGGGAUGUAAAUAAAUAUUCUAUUUAUUUAGCUACAAAUAUUAUAUUUUCAAUUCUUGGUAUAAUAUUUGGAGUAAAACUUUUUGUAACAUAUGGAGGACUUUCUGAAGAAGUGACAGCUAUAUUGUCAUUAUUGUCUUCUUUGAGUGGUUGUCUAGUACACAGUUUUACAUUGAAACCUUGGCAUAUGUACCUGUCUGCAGUUGUAGGAAUGUUUGGUGGCAUCACUAGUCCUAUGAUCCGUGCUAUAAUAUCCAAGUCAGUGCCAUCAGAGGAUACUGGUAAAAUAUUUUCCAUGACAGUAUCUAUUGAAACAUUAACUCCAUUGGUGGCAGCUCCUUUGUACAAUUUGAUUUAUUUACAUUUUAUGCCACCCAUAUAUCCACUACCAGUUUGGUUAGUUUCUGUAGGAAUUUAUACUAUUGUAACACUUAUUUUAGUAAACAUACAAAUUCAAAAUGCAAGAGCUGACUCUAUAAGAUAUGCAUCAUUGAGACAAAAUAAUGAAUUAUUAUCAUAAACUUCGAUAAAAGAUGUUUAUUCUAAAGAAUUGUUACAGUAAUCACAAGGUUAUAAUGGGAGAACUUAGUAUCUUCCAGUACAAACAUUUUAUAAUAUUAGUUUAUAUAUAUAUAGCAUAUUGUUUAUACGUUUUUAUAAUGUAACAACAAUAUCAAAUAAAGUGUAAAUCAUUUGAAGUAA